CCUCCCAAAACGGCAGAGGCGGGUUCGAUCGCCAUGCGGCUCUACGUGUACGUGCUCGAGGCGCGCGGCCUCCCGGCGCCGCGGCCGCGCCACGGGCUGUUCUACGCGAAGGUGACGGUGGGGAGGAAGCAGCGGUUCCGGACGCAGGCGGUGGAGGCGGGGCCUGGGCCCGGCGGCGCGGCGGCGUGGAACGAGGAGUUCGUGUUCGCGGUGGGCGCGGGCGAGGAGCGCGAGGAGGAGGUGGAGGUCGCGGUGGCGCGGCGGCGGCGGGAAGGGAGAGGGAGGGAAGUGGUGGGCAGGGUGACGCUGCCCGUGCCGGCUGCCGCCGCCGCGGCGGCCCCGGGGGAGAGGCGGUCCGUGCCGCCGAGGUGGUUCACGCUGCAGCCGCCCGAGCACCGCCGGCGGAAGGGCGGCGGCGGCGGCGGCGAAGACGCGGCAGUGGAUUGCGGGAAAAUUCUUCUCACCUUUUCACUUUAUGGAGAAAAAAAUGACAAUGCUGUUGUCCACCUGUCCCCUUCUUCGAACUCCAGAAGUGACACCGAUGCUGAAAUUGAGAAAUCAACUUAUGUGGAACAUCCAGGUUCUAAUGGUGCGGUAGUUGAUUCUCCAGGGAGUCGGGAUACAGACCGGACUUCUCUAGAUAACUCUGACAGUUCAGUACAAGCAGAUUCUAAUUCAAUUACUGAAGAUGAUGAUCUAGUCGUGACUAGUCCUGCAACAGCAAAUGGUGCAAGUGACGCUGAACCGAUGGCUCCAGAUGCUAGCUUUGAAGAAGCUAUGGAAGUCGUGAAAUCUAGAAGUAGACCAGACAUGCCGGAAGAUCUUGACGGCAGCAUCAUCUUUGAGCACACUUACCUUGUGGAGUCAAAAGAUUUGAACCAUCUUCUAUUCGGACCUGAUUCUCAGUUCUUCAAAGAUCUGCGUGAGGUGCAAGGAACCAUGGACUAUGAGGAGCAACCGUGGACAUGGAAGAGCAAGGAUCCUACUAGGUUAACUAGGACAUGUCAAUACACCAAAGCUGCAACAAGAUUUAUGAAAGCCGUCAAGACUAGCGAGGAGCAGACAUAUCUUAAAGCAGAUGACAAGAACUUUGUGGUUAUGACUCGUGUUCGUACUCCUGAAGUUCCCUUUGGGAACUGUUUUGCAGUUGUUUUGCUCUACAAAAUAAUUCACAGCACUGGGUUAUCAUCAGGUGAAGAAAGCACGCACCUGACUAUAUCGUACAAUGUAGAGUUCAUUCAGAGCACCAUGAUGAGAAGUAUGAUUGAGGGAGGUGUUCGGGAUGGACUCAAAGAAAAUUUCGAAAGUUUUGGAGAAAUUUUGUCUCGGCAUAUGAAAUUAGCCGAUUCUGUAGGGAUGGAUAAAGAGCAGUUGUUGGCACCAUUGCAGGCAGAGCACCGGUCAGAUAUCAGGCUUGCUUAUAAGUAUUUUUGCAAUUUUACUGCCAUUUCCACGGUACUAAUUGCACUAUAUGUUUUUGUGCACAUCCUUCUGUCGAGACCAGGCCCACUCAUGGGCCUUGAGUUUAAUGGUGUAGAUCUACCUGACACAUUCGGAGAGCUGAUCACAUCAGUCGUAGUAGUUCUUCUGAUAGAGCGUUUACUGAAUAUGGUUUCUCAUUUUGUACAGGCAAGGGUACAUCGAGGAAGUGAUCAUGGGGUUAAAGCAAAUGGUGAAGGUUGGCUGUUAACUGUAGCUCUGCUCGAGGCUACAUGCUUGCCACCCGUUUCUUGUGGAUCGGUAGACCCUUAUGUUGUGUUCAGCUGCAAUGGCAUAACAAGAACCAGCUCUGUUCAACUUCGGAUCCAAAAACCUCAAUGGAACGAGAUAAUGGAGUUUGAUGCCAUGGAAGAACCACCUGCCGUGUUGGAUGUUGAGGUCUUCAAUUUUGAUGGUCCAUUCGACUUGGCAAUUUCACUUGGACAUGCAGAAAUUAAUUUCCUUAAACACACAUCAGUAGAACUAGCAGACAUAUGGGUACCCCUGGAGGGAAAACUUGCUCAGACAUGUCAGAGCCGGUUACAUUUGAGAGUAUUUCUGGAAAACACAAAAGGACCGGAUACAUCAAUGAGAGAAUACCUGAGUAAAAUGGGGAAGGAAGUUGGUAAAAAGUUACAUGUUCGGUCGCCACAUAGAAACUCAACAUUCCAGAAGCUUUUCGGUUUGCCACACGAAGAAUUCCUUAUAGCAGAUUAUGCAUGCUCCUUGAAAAGGAAGUUGCCUUUGCAGGGGAGGCUGUCUGUGUCAGCCAGAAUAGUUGGUUUCUACGCCAAUUUGUUUGGACAUAAAACAAAAUUCUUCUUUCUGUGGGAAGAUGUGGAUGAAAUUGAAGUGUUACAGCCAUCUUUCACAACGGUAGGCACCCCGUCGCUGCUGUUUAUUUUGAAGAGCGGCCGGGGACUCGAUGCCAAGAGUGGUGCGAAGUCCCAAGAUAAGGAAGGGAGGUUGAAAUUUCAGUUCCAUUCUUUUGCAUCGUUUAGCAACGCUAGCAGGACAAUAAUUGGUCUAUGGAAAACGAAAUCGUCAGCCAUUGAACAUAGGGCCAAACUGGAAGAGGAUCGAGAAGAUGAGAGCUCCGUCGAUACUGAUGACGUUCAAGCUGUAUUGAGCAUUGGGGACGUGCUUCUCUCAAAGGAGUAUACUUUGGAACACCCUAUCGAUGCUGAUCUGCUCAUGGGUUUGUUCGACGGGGGCCCCCUGGAGACGAGAACAAUGAGCCGGGUCGGGUGCCUCGACUACUCCGCGACGCCGUGGGAGCACGCGAGGCCGGGCGUCGUUGAGAGGCACGUCAGCUACAAGUUCAACCGGUACAUGUCCAUCUUCGGCGGCGAGGUCGUCAGCACCCAGCUCAAGUUCCCGGCGGAGGACGGCGAGGGGUGGAGCAUACACGACAUCGUGACGCUCCACAACGUCCCCUUCGGCGACUACUUCCGGGUGCAUUUGAGGUAUAACGUGCAGAGCGUGACGCCGGAGGCGCCGAGCAGCCGGUGCGAGAUACUGGUCGGCAUCGAGUGGCUCAAGAGCAGCAAGUUCCAGAAGAGGAUCGCGAGGAACAUCUGCGAGAAGCUGGCUCACAGGGCCAAGGAGGUGCUUGAAGUGGCCGGCAAGGAGAUGGCCUCGGCCGUGUCAGGCUAGGGGUGUCCACUGGUCCGAGCUGGAGGAGCUGGCGUCUUUGGUUGUCGUUGCGUUUCACCGAGCUUUUCGUUUUACAGUUAAAAGGAAAAGCCCCACGAUAAUAGAAGAAAGAAGAGAAAUACAUGUAACGAGUGCAACCAUUUCCUUCAGAAACUGUUACUAAACGUUAAACACAAUGGAGGAUAUGGCGCCGAGGCGGAUGUGUCCUCUA